CGGGAAGCAGGUAUUGCAUAAAAACACUCUGGUGGAGCGUGAAGCAAGUUCCUUGAGCAAUGGAAUUCGGGUGUUCGAACACGAGCGCGUGGAAGGAAGCGCUCUCUGCAUACCCAUCGCGACUACACUCUCUCUCCCUCGAAAAGAACAAACCCGAUUUGGUUUCUCUCGACGACUUCUACCGCAACCACCUCCCUCCACUCCUCCACCGCCGAAACCCUAACCCCUUCAUCACCACGCGCGAGCUCUCCGACCUCAUGCGAUGGAAACUCACGCGCGGCAAGUGGAGGCCGCGUCUCUUGGAUUUCGUUUCCUCCCUAGACGACGCCGUUGUGAAAUUCGCUUCUCAGAAGGCGUUUCAGAGCCUUCCCGAUGUAUCCAAAGCCGUUUCUGAGCUCACCGUCUUGAAAGGCGUCGGCCCCGCCACCGCCUCCGCCGUUCUCGCCGCUUUCGCCCCUCACUUAAUCCCUUUCAUGUCCGAUCAGGCUAUGGAGGCAGCUCUUGGAAACUCUAAGGAUUAUUCGCUGAAGCAAUAUCUAAAAUUCACCGAGAAAUUGCAAAUGAAAGCGAAGGAACUGAGUUCAGAAGGGGAAUCCUUUACCCCAUCUGAUGUAGAAAGAGCUUUAUGGAGUUCUGCUAUGGGGCAGUCAUCAGCGCCCCAAGAAAAUCAGGACCCUAAGACCAAACCAAACAGAAGCUCUAAGAGGAAGAGGAAAAAUUGACAUUAGCAGCAGAGCAAGCAACAAAUGAAAUUAUAAGUAGAAUCUGUUUUUUCUUGGUUCUGCUAGUUUUAGCCCCUCCUUAUUUCAAGGGGUUCCUUCAAUAUUGGACAGUAGUAGUACUAAUCACUAAUCAUGAUCGGGUAUUUUCAUUUUAAGUUAUGGCCAAUUGAAAGUUUCUUGUUUUCUGCUAACACUCCUUUUCUUGAAAGUAGAACUUUGAUGCUGGUACGACAGGGUAGAUUAAGAUUUUCUAAAAUGUGCAAGCCAGAGUAGGAUGUUAACAAAGAAAAUAAAUGGUCUAGAUUCUUCUAAAAAUACCACUAGAUAAUAUAGCUUGUGUAAAUUUGCUUGAUCUUGUAUCAGAAAUGAUUGCUAUUUAUAUUUGACUUUCUAAAAUUCGUCACAUCUUUAGAGGAUCUUGCCA